AUGUCGAAAGAAACAGCGUCUAUGAGAGAAAUACAACACAACCGACAACUCAUUUUGCAAGCUCUAAAUAAGAACACAACAAACUUUUCAAACUAUUCUAAGAUAUCUGAGUCAUUGAAAGAAGGAAACUUAAAACUGACGAUAAACCCAUUGACAGACGAGUUUCUGUUUCAAGACAGUAAGAACCAUACUGUUUGUGUAAAUCCAACAAAAGGAACUUUAAACGAGAAGCCUAUAAAAGAACUUCUUUUGAAAGCAGAUGUUGACAACAAAGCUGACAAAGAGUAUGUCAUUGAAAAAGUUCAAGAAGAACAUGACAGAGCAGAUGCAACAUAUGCAACGAAAGAACAUACUCAUCCUGAACUAGCGGACAAAACAUAUGUUGACAAUAAAAUGUCAAGUGAAGUGACAAGAGCUGACAAAGAAUAUUCUAAAAAGACUCAUACACAUACCAUUGCAAAUAUUACAAACUUACAAGAAACCUUAAACAGGAAAAGUGACGUUGGACAUACACAUACCAUUGCAAAUAUUACAAACUUACAAGAAACCUUAAACAGGAAAAGUGACGUUGGACAUACACAUACCAUUGCAAAUAUUACAAACUUACAAGAAACCAUAAACAGGAAAAGUGACGUUGGACAUACACAUACAUCUUCUGAAAUAACAGACUUAAACGUUAGCCUUGAAAAGAAGGCAGAUAAGAACCAUACACACGAUUUCUUCGCAACUGUUGGUAUAGAAAAUAUUGAAGGAACGGUUGAAGAAACUGGUGGGAUGUAUUAA